AUGCCCAGGAUACUGUUUAGUGAUGAAUCUAAAUUGAAGAAAUUGUCUGGAAAAAUAAUUUUGCUGACCAGAAUUGGCUCAGAGCUGGGCCAGAAACCAGUUUCUUCUCCUGGAGAAGCAAGUAUCUCUGCACAACACUCCAGAAAAGAAUUGGAGCAGAGGAGAAAUGAUACUGUCACGAAGAGGUAUAGCCUACGAGAAGGAAAGGGCCAUGUGUAUGAAGAGGUCAGCGAGCCCCAGAAUGAUGACUACCUCUAUUGUGAUACCUGUCAGGACUUCUUCAUUGACAGCUGUCCUGUGCAUGGACCCCCUGCGUUUAUAAAAGACACUACAGUGGACAAGGGGCAUCCUGAUCGCUCGGUUCUCACUGUGCCCCCUGGGUUGAAAAUUGGACCAUCUGGCAUCCCUGAUGCUGGGCUAGGAGUGUGGAAUGAGGUAUCUGACCUGCCAGUGGGUGUCUGCUUUGGCCCUUUUGAGGGCCACGUCACACAAGAUGAAGAGGCAUCUAGGAGUGGAUACGCGUGGGUGAUCACCAAAGGGAGUCAUUGCUAUGAAUAUGUGGAUGGAGAGGACAAAUCCUGUUCCAACUGGAUGAGGUAUGUGAACUGUGCCCGGCAUGAUGAAGAACAGAACCUUGUGGCCUUUCAGUAUCAUGGGCGGAUUUUCUACAGGACCUGCCGGGUCAUCAGGCCCGGCUGUGAGCUGCUGGUCUGGUACGGGGACGAGUAUGGCCGGCAGCUGGGCAUCAAGGGAGUCGGUAAGUGGAAGAGAGAGCUUCUGCCUGGGACAAUACAACCAAAACGAGAGAUGCACUCCUGCUCAGCCUGCCCUCGGGCCUUCUUCAGUAAGAAGUUGCUCUGCCGACAUGUGAAACGCAGUCACCCCUCUAAGACUGCUUCGGGGACAUCUGCAAGAAAACACCUGCAAUCAGUGGAACCCUGCUCAGAGGAUCACAGUCAGCAGCAGCAAGAUGCUGAUACCCAGAGCCAGAGUGACAGAAUGAAUCAAGAGGUGGAAACAGGGGCCCGAUCCUUGCUUAAAAGGAUCAGACAGAGGGGACGUUCAGGGGCCUGGUUGACAACACCCACUGCCCUCAAAGGGAGCUCUAGUGAGAGUGGGAAUAUUCUUCAGAAAAAGCCAAAGACAGUGCAGAAAGUGCAUCAAGAGGAUUCAGGAAUAGUAUUUGUGGGAGGAGGAGUGCCUAGAAGUGUAGCACUCAAGUAUGGAGAAUGUGGGCAAGGCUUCAAUGAGAAAUCAGAUCUGGUGGGACAAAAGAAGACACAGUCAGGGAAGAAGCCCUAUAUUUGCCCAGAGUGUGGACAACACUUUACAGUGAAGGCCAGUCUCACCUUACACCACAAGACACACACUGGGGAGAAGCCCUAUGCUUGUAGGGACUGUGGACGAGGCUUUGCCCAGAAGUCGUAUUUCAUGAGACACCAGAAGAGACACUCAGUGAAGUAG